GGGGAGGGGGGAGCAAAGGACGGCACGCACAGACAGAGACAGGCACUCUCAUCAGUGACGGGCUCACCAGCUGCGUGGACAGAGCUGUGGUGCAGGAGGAGGAGAAGCGGUGCGGCGGGGAGAACAAGCUGCUUGGAAACCCGGCACACAAUGCAAGAGACCACGAGAGAGGGAAGGGGAACAAAACAGAGGGAGACUGCUGAGGGGAGCGAAGUCGUUCGGAGCAGUGAGAGGGAGGAAGCUGGAUGAAACUGACAAGGACACAGAGGGAGGAAAGCACACAGAAAUGCCUUUCCUGCCGUAGUAGAGAAGCGUGUACAAAGUAGAAAAGAAGACAAGAAGAAGAAGGGAGAAGAGAAGGAGCCUCACAGGAGGUCAAGCUUUUGAAGCUUGACUGACACAACAGUGAAGAGGAGGAGACUCAUGAGGGCAAGUUGAUAUUUUUGAUUUGGCGGAGUAUUUUCAGAAGGAAUACUGAAGGCAAGAAAAAAAACAAUUGAAAUCAGAAAUGCUGUCUUUCAUUUGAGGAGGAGAAAAAGAGAGAAUAACAGGAGAACAAUAAAUGGGGGGAGAUGUUGCGAUCAGAGUGUGACAGAACAGAUUAUCUCUGGUCCGGUCUCCCGCAGGAAAACUGCUGUGAGUGUAUGUACGUGUAUGCGCGUCAGUGCCUCCUCCAUGUGAAAGUGUAUUGUAGCGUGUCCGUCACUGUAGCUGUGGUGCUGUAAAGCUCGCCUGCUACAAGAUCAAGUCACCCCGUGAUAAUCUGCACAACCUUAAAACAGUGUUUGAAGCCAAGUGGGAAAAGAGACAAGGAGCAGACCAGUCGAGGGAGUAAAAGUGAGGCUGCAAAGUGGGACAGAAAAUAAUGAGCAGAAGAGAGUUUUGUGAAAUCCAUUUAAACUCAUACUAACUGAUUGCUGCUUCUGGCUGCCGAACAACUUUGCAAACCAGUGAAGCCAAAGAACACGCACUUAACCCGAAGAAGAAAAAACACAGCAUCGGACCAAGGCAAGCCAGACUCUACCACACCAACCGUUCUGCUCCACUAUGGUCUUAUUAUUUUAAUUACCACCAUUUUAUUUGUUUUGUUCUCUGUGCUUAGCCCUUAGUAUUUUGUAUUCCAUCCUCCUCUCUGCCUCUCUCUCUUCCCCUCCCUCCUCCUCUUGCCUUUGCUCUCUCUGUCUCAUCCUCUCUUGUUCACUGUCACACGGGGAAUGCUGGAGUCACUCAUGUAGAAGCCACCUUGGAGCACAUUUGCCGAGCUGUUUUUCUUUUUCCUUUUCCAUGUUGAGUUGAGUGAUAGAGGCACUAUCACAUGGAGUGACCAGGAGCGAUAACCAACAAGUAGCUGUUCAUCAGAGCUCCUGCAACUUCAGGAGAAGAGGACUUGAAAACACAGCUAUCAGAGGGGGGUACUGCUAAGUGUGCAUACAGUGUAGUGUAUUUAAAUUUCAGACUUCAUGGGUCAUUACUAUUGGUGAGGCCAAACACAUAUCUUGGUGUGUAUUACAGUAGUGAAAUUAUCCUGGAGCUACAUGUGGGCCCCAGCCCCUGAGGCCUGGUUGGGAAAUGAAGCCUUUCCCGUGGCUGUAGGAGCGCUGUGGGCAGCUAUGGCCCUGGAGGGGCGCUGUCUCCGGCGGGGAUCCCCAGCUAUGAUCAGAAAGGCCUGUCAUCGGCAUGCUACAAAGCCAUCUCUGGCUCGGGUCACUUCCACUUUGCUGUCAAGGACACGUCUGCAUGGCCUGAGGCAUGUUUGUGUCCCUGGUGGAUCAGUGGGCCGCAGGGCUUUCUGGCUGCUAGCCCUCUGCACCUCCCUGGGGCUACUUUUAUCCUGGUCCUCCAAUCGCCUUCUCCACUGGCUUUCUUUCCCCACAUACACACGGGUCCACGCUGAAUGGGCAAAAGAACUGGCCUUCCCCACCGUCACUAUCUGCAACAACAACCCUAUUCGUCUCUACAAACUCACCAAGAGUGACUUAUAUUUUGCCGGCCACUGGUUGGGGCUGCUGUUGGCUAACCGGACAAUGAGGCCUAUGGUUCUGGACUUGCUUCAGGAUGACCGUCAGGCCUGGUUUAGGAAGCUGUCAGACUUUCGACUGUUCCUGCCACCCAGAGACUUUGAAGGAACCAAUCUGGAGUUUAUGGACAGACUGAGCCACCAACUGGAUGACAUGCUGCUUUCAUGCAAAUACAGAGGAGAGCCCUGCGGAGCUCACAACUUCUCUUCUGUGUUUACGAGGUAUGGGAAGUGCUACGUGUUCAAUGCUGCAGAAGAAGGGAAGACACUUCGCACCACCAUGAAGGGAGGGACAGGAAACGGCCUGGAGAUCAUGCUGGACAUCCAGCAGGACGAGUACCUGCCAGUGUGGGGGGACACAGAGGAUACAGCCUUUGAGGCAGGUGUGCGGGUGCAAAUCCACAGCCAGGCAGAGCCCCCGUUUGUUCACGAGCUGGGCUUCGGUGUGGCCCCCGGCUUUCAGACUUUUGUAGCCACACAGGAGCAAAGGCUGACCUACCUGCCUCCCCCGUGGGGAGAGUGCGAGUCGAAGCCUCUGGAGUCUGGAUUUUUUCAGGUGUACAGUGUAACCGCCUGUAGGAUUGACUGUGAAACACACUACAUUGUGGAAAACUGCAACUGCAGGAUGGUGCACAUGCCUGGUGACGCUCCAUACUGCACGCCGGAACAGUACAAGGACUGUGCUGAGCCUGCUCUCGCUAAACUCUCGGCCCUGGAGAGCAGUAGCUGCAUGUGCAGGACUCCGUGCAACAUGACCCGCUACAACAAAGAGUUGUCCAUGGUCAAAAUUCCCAGCAAGACCUCGGCCCGCUACCUGCAGAAGAAGUUCAACAGGACAGAGAAGUACAUCUCAGACAACAUUUUGGUGUUGGACGUGUUCUUUGAGGCUCUCAACUAUGAGACCAUUGAACAGAAGAAGGCCUACGAGGUGGCAGGAUUGCUGGGUGACAUCGGCGGUCAGAUGGGUCUCUUCAUUGGAGCCAGCAUCCUCACCAUCCUAGAGCUGUUUGACUAUGCUUACGAGGUGGUAAAGGACAGGAUACUGGAGUUACUAAGCCGAGAGGAGGAGGAGGAGAGUCACGGAGAAGAUGUGAGUUCCUGUGACCCAGUGGCAAACCACUCUGAGUCCAUCAGUCACACUGUGACAGUCCCCCUGCAGACGACGCUGGCCACUCUGGAAGAAAUUGCCUGCUGAGUCCCUCCCCCUCUCCCUCAGAGCCACACAUGUCCAGAGGCUGCCUCCACUGGGUGGCGCUACGUCAUCGGUUACAAUACCGAAACAUGCAAGAACUUAACAGGAGGAGGGGAAGAGAAAAGGACAGGAGCAGGGGUCAGUCUGAGGACAGCGCUGUGCUCUGUCACACCGCUCUAUCUGAGGCACUAAUGGGGAUUAAAGAGCUGUCGGCUGGACUUAUCAGCCCUCUCUGUCUCCCUGUACUGGACCGGAGUGGGAGGGUGGCCUCCACUGUACCAGACGUACAGUGGAAUCUGAGUCUCCACAGAACACGCACACAGAACAUCCCAGACUUGGUGGGGGAACCAUCCAAACAAAAGGGGGCUCCUCCCUGUGCAGCAUAUCUAUGUAACAAACACAUUCAUAUGUCGCUCACUGCCAAAUGAACUGUACAAAUAUUGGUUCUGAACUGUCCAAAUUGCAUGCGUCAAUCUCUCUUGUUCUCUCUGCUGAUGCAUACGUUGGACUGCGAUGUUGCUUUACUGUACAUGUGUGCCAUUUUGUCUCUUUCUCUGCAGGACGGGCCCGUCACAUGGGCCCAGGUGAGAUCACGGACUUUGAAUGUACAGAUUGAACAUAAUGGUUGUGUGGAAAACCAUAGUUCAGGUGUGACCAAUCCAUCCCUGAUAAUCGAAUCUAAUGAAGUGAAUUUAAUAUUUCGUAGUUGACUGUGUUGCAGUAAAAAGGGUUGGUGACCUAAAAAAACAAACUAAUUGAAGAUGUUACAGCCUGCAUUUUACAUCUUACUUUCACCCGUUUCACUUGAAUUAGUUCACAUGGCACUAAUUCUUUAUAAAUGUCUUUAAAAGGGAUGUCAUACUCCUAUUUUUAGUUUAUGUGGGUGCAGUAGUGUCGCUCCUGACCACAGCACCCACCUUAGGCCCUGCUCGUACCUGGUAUUGUCAUGUGUCAUUUUGAGUGACCACCUGUGACUCGGCUUCACAUUACUGCUGUAAGCAAAGACCACAUGAAGCGUUGCUUGUAGCCAUCCUGACUAACUAUUGGACAUUUCAACUGGUCAGUUUGUUGAUUUGUUUUUAACUGACUGAAUUUGAAAAACACUGAAGAUUUGAAUAGAAGGAAUCAAUUAAAAAAUGUAAUUUAAAAAGAAAAAUCCAAUUCCACGCAGGUUCACAAGGGCCUUUCUUCAUGGAGUCUGCAUGUUCUGCCCUGUGUGUGCGUGAGUUUUCUCCAGGUUCCCUGGUUUCCUCCCACAGUCCAAAAACAUGCAGAUUAAGUAAAUUGGAGACUUUAAAUGAAUCAUAGGUGUGAGAGUGGAUGGUUGUUUGUCUCUAUGUGUCCCUGUGAUGGAUUGGUGACCCCGCCUUUCGCCCCAUGUCAUCUGGGAUUGGGACCAGCGCCAACCCGGUAGAAGAUAAAUGAAUGAAUUAAAAUCCAACUCUUUAGUUUGUUUUGUGAGUGAAACCCUGAGAAACUUAAAAAAAAAAGAAAUGUAGGGGCCAGAGGACACAUGUCCUUUACUAUGACCCAGGACACGUUUGCAAUCACACAGCUAAAAGAACGCGUGUCGCAGACACUUUGUGAGUGCUGCACGUAGAGCUGUCCACUCAAGAUUGGACGUUAAUGCCGGUCUGAACAGGUCAGUGAGGCAGAAUCUUUAUUUGGCAGCCUGACGGGAAACCACGUACCAAACUGUGCAGUCAAUUAAUAUUCCAAGGGUAUUGUAUAAUCAUUAUUUCCUUAAGAGAAUGUCAGGCUGUUGUUCUGGACGGCUCCCAUUGUUUUCACAAGAAAGUGCUAAGGUAUAAUAAUAAUAAAAAAAAACAUCAUUUUAAAAUGGCUACAAAAGCACCAGAGGCUGGUUCAGCCAGGUUCAUGUAUAUGUGUGUGUGUGUGUGUGUGUGAAGUGGGUACCACACAGUCAUGCCUGAAAUCUAAUCGAAAAUAACUUUGGUAAACAAAAGCUCCUGGUGCAGGAGUGUCUGUCACAUUUUUAUUACUGUUAUUGUUUCUCAGUCUGCAGCUCUCACUGGGGGAAAAUGUUACCUCACAGGCAGUAACGUACUUUCAGUUUGGUCUCAUGUCGAGUCAAAAAUGAAGGACCAGGUCUCCUUUUCACUGUCCUCUGAAUCAUGGCUUUACACCAAAAGCUUGUGUGAGAACAUUUGGACGAUCUCGUGUUAUUUGAGUUUCUGUGUUUCAGUCCAUGAUCAUCCUCGCAUGGUCUCUGUCAUCAUGGUAAUGUGCGUUACAGAUAGGAAUGAGUUCAAGUGCUUUGUGGGACUGUUUGGAUUAUGAUUUGCCAUCUGUGGCUCAACCUGCUGUCUCCGUGUGUUAUCUCAUGUGGCUUCAGACGAACACGAAUCCUCGGCCAACCUGCCCUGAGUGUGAGACGAGCGCGUCUCAUUUCUCCCGGUGGCAGAGACACUGGCUGAUUCUUCUCGCUACUUUGGCUUCAACUGUUACCGCAGAGCAGCGUUUUCUCCUCAUUGUGUGAUGCCGCAUUCAAUGUGUGUUUUUAAUGUGGAACAAUUAAAUGAAAAAAGUUUGUUUUGCA